UUAACUCGCAGCCGAAGAAGAUGACGUCCUCGGAGCUGGACCGGACUCCGCGGGCUCUGUUGGUCUCGGAGAGCUCCAGCUUCUUGGACCCGAAGAACCGGAUCAGCGCGCAGGUGCAGCAGUUGCACUUCAACCACCAGGUGUCUGUGCUGCUUCCUGAGUGUAGCUCCGCCCCCUCUCACCUGGACUCCGUGUUGAACAACUUCAGCAGCUUCUACCUGAUCAGGAAGCUGCCGGUGUACGAGCUGCUGGACCGACACUUCCUGGAGACGGCUGUGUACCACGGUGCCGUGUUCGGUCUGUCCUACAGGACUCGCAUCGAUGAAGAUAACUGCGUCGCACUGAUGCCAAACGGUCACCUGACCCUCUCUCUGGAUAAAGACUCGUUUGAGAUUUUGGGCUUCGAAGGGAAACCGUCCAGAUUCAAGCACAGAACUGCCACCAGAUUCGUGGUAUCUGUGGAUCUGACUGACAGCACCAUGGCUCCUGGUAGGCGGAGCUACCUGAGGCUCCUCACAGGUCUUAAGUCCCGCCUUCAGCUGCAGACCGACUUCCUGUUAUCACAUCAUCCAGGGGGCGGGGCCUCUCUUCAGCCCCUCCUGUCUCGAUGUGAUUGGUCGCAGCACAGACCGGAGGUCAACUGCAGCGUUUUGACGGACCUCUCCUGCCCCGCCCCCCGGUCAUGUGACCCUCACAGCUUCCUGGAGUGGCUAGGAGCCGUUGACGCUGGCAUCAGCUGCGAGAACUCGUCCAGCAGCUUCCUGUCGUCAUUUGUCUGUCCCGAACCGAACACGAAGCAUCGCCACGCUCUGAGCGUGUCCGUGAGCGGCCUGCUGCUGCCACACGACAUCCACCGUCUGCUGGAGGGGCUCAGGCGUUACGUGGAGCAGCCUCGGCUGGCAUCCUGGGUCUCCAUGACGGUUCGUGGGUUUGCUGACAGUCCGGUAUCCUGGGGCAACCACGAGCACGGCUUCCUGAGGGGCGGAGAGAACUUCUACACGCUGAUGAUGUUCCACGACCACACCUACCAGCUCCACCUCGCCACGGGAGCACAUGAUGCCUGCCCGCCCUGACGCACCUACGUACCUGUGCGCAGGCAGAAUUUCCUCCACUCUGAUUGGUUUCGUUGUAGAAACGUUUUGAUUAACAAACUUUGGUUAAAUAAGCUGAGCUCAGGCCACGCCCACUCGGAGACCCUGAGAAACGUGUCGAUAAAAUGUGCUUGAAUAAAGUCAGUGUGAUGUCAUCGUGUCUGGGUUUUUCUGAUUACAGUUUUUGGCAACGGGUUAUUGAUUAUUGACGACUUCCUGUGACUCGUGGAUCGAGUCGGUCAGCUGAACCACGGCAGCAGCUGACAGCUCACCUGGUCAGGUGAUGCUCCGAUUCCUCUGAUUCGUUUAUGCACGUUCUGAAAGCAAGGACGCUUCAGGAGCUGCAGGAGUCUGUGGGCUCGGCUCAGACUUGGUACUCAACGCUUUACCAGACGGAGGCGGGGCAAGUUCCUGUCCAUCACCAUGCUGAUGUUCCUGGGUUAUGCAGGUCACGCAUACCUGCUGCUGUUUGUGGCUCCGCGGUGUCGUACCUGCGAACGUCACCUAAAGCUGGAUGAACACGUGUUUGUGAUGUGAGUGAAGACUCGGCAGCUCUGGGCGGAUUUAAAGAAGUUUCUGGAAACCAAACUCAGCCCCGACCUGCGAACUUUGCCCGACAGCAGGGAGCCAUCGUUCUGUCAGAGAGGGAAGUCAUGGAGGAAGACGAGACCUGAGAUGGUUUUUAGAGCUCCAAACAAGAGGGCGUGUUCUCCAGAUCAGCAGGUCGUGAUCGUUCAAAGACCCCUGCAGCGUCAUGGCAGGUGUUCCUCUCACCACCUCAUCAAUCAUUGUUCUGUUUAUUGUUUAUAUAGACUUACAAAUAGGUCUACAAAUGAUCACAACCCACACACAGGUACAGUUAGCUGACAACGCAUCACAACUGAACAAUGCACCACAAAAGUAAGAAAGAAGCUCGCCAUGACAACGGCUGUGUAGCAAGGAACAGCGAGAGACUCGGACAAUAUUCACAGAGGAUGACGAGGGAACAGGAAACAGCUGGGAACGCCGCUUACCCUCAGAGUAAUGAGAGGCAAGCGCAACUGAACAUGAAACAUACGAAACAGACUGAGAAUAAAACAGGGACAGAUGCGGGAACGUGGCCGAGGAAACAAAGGACAGAACACGAGGACAGAGAGCAGGAGCUCCAAAUAACAAAGGCACAAUACAAAACUUCACAACUAACACAGAACAUGAGGAUUAUUCAGGUCAACAGAAGGACUCAGCCAAACUUGGGCUGACGCACCGCCUGUGCUCACGAGCAGUGUCGUUCCUCCAUUCUGCUCAUGGCAGAAAAUAAAGUCACAUGAUCAUCAAACUCUUAGAUGCUUGUUUUUCCAGACCCUCGUUACACCGGCACAGUGUCGGACUGCGAUGCCAGUGAGUCUGCAUCCUGCUGUGUGCGUGAUAUUCAGACAGUACCUGAAGGAUCCUUUCAGACCCCAUUCCUACGAAUCCUACGUCUGAUCCAUCCUUCAGGCAGCUGAUCUUUAUUAAUUAGCUAUGCAGCUGGUAAAAGUACACAUUAUGUACUUCAGUAGAAGUACAAAUACUACUGUUAAAAAUUACUCCAAUAAAAGUGCAGAUUCAACUUCUUUACUCAAGUAUAAAAGUAAUGGCUCUGAAAUGUACUCAGAGUAACAAAGUAGUUCUUUGGAGGUUUCUGUGCAAAGCUAACUGAACCCUGUGCUACAUUAACACAAUGAUAAAUA